AUGGCCAUGGACCAAGCUGCGCUAAACAGCAUCCAGAAAUCUAUCUGGGGUGGCCAACUCCCUCUACAAAUAACACUCGCUCCAUCCGAGAGCCGCACAUAUGAUCAAACAGAUCCGUAUAUCAUCUCCUACCCCCGAAUCUCGUAUCUUCCAUCUCUCCUUCUUAAACUUAGAGCUUUCUUCUCGUCAUCAUUGAUUGAUCCUGCCGCUUCAGAGCCCCACGACGGCUGGUUCUCGUUCGAAGGGGUCCCGCUGAAAUGGCACUACCCCGUUGGCUUGCUCUAUGAUUUGUAUGCGGGCGCCGACCCAGCGACGAAAUCCAGUGAUGCCGAGUCCCCAGGUGACGGUUCGCUUCCGUGGCGACUUGUCGUGCAUUUCGGCGACUGGCCUGAUGAGGAGCUUGUCCGGCUUGAUGCUAAGGGCAUGGUCAUGAACGAUGCCUUUAUUAACAGCGUCAAGGAGGCUGAUUUUCUGCGCAACGGGACGGCAAAGGGGAUUAUGAGUCUUUCAAAAGAUGACUCGUCCGGGCUGUGGAAGGCUGUUCAGGAUGUCGACCUCCCCUCCUUCCAACGCAUAAUGAAUAUUCUUCUUCCGUCCAACGGGCAUCAGCCUCUUCGCAACCUCCCCGUCCGACUCUUUCUCCCGCUCCCACCGAAGCCUGAUUCCGACUCCGACUCACCAUUUCUCAAAGUCGUUCAGUCGCCGAUUCCACCGACGAUAUCGACGACCCCAUCACAGUCCCAACAACAAAUGGCUCUAUCCACACUCGCCUCAUCACGCGCUUCAGUAUCUUCUCCAGGAGCGGGAUCACAGCCGCAAACGCAAACAAUUGGCACAGCGCUCCACUCCAUUCUCCCACAUCUGUUCCCGAGUCGAAGGACACCGGUCCUAGCGAAACCCGUGCUGCAUGGGGCCGCCGUACCGUUGUCCGCGCCUGUGGAAGAGGUCGUGCGCGCUGCGGCGUAUGGAGAUGGAUGGGUUUACAUUGUUAUUCGGAUGAUGGGGUGA